UGCUUUGUGUGUUGUACAACGUAACCAUGACGACGACGGUGCAAGUCUGGGGUCGGUGCUGCAACGGUGAAGUGGAAAUCAUCUAUUACGAUGAGAAGUACCGUGAACAGUCGAUGGAUGUAUUGCGGAAGUCUUUCUUUCUGAAUGAAACUGUUUGCAUUGGAUCGGAAGUGAAUCUCGACCCGCAAGCGCAACUUGAUUUGGAGCAACUUUGCCUAGACGUGGGCCGCAGCGGGACGUCACUGAUAGCAAGACAUGUGCCUAGUAACCGUAUCGUUGGAGUUUCAUUCAACGUGCUGCAAACACCUAGCGCACCGGGUGACCUCAACUAUUUCGAGUCAUUCCGCGACGAUCAUUGCAUCUCGGAGAGUUCUAAGAGCCUCAUGCAGUACAUGAUUACAAUGGAUUCAAAGGUGAACCUGUUUGAGAAGUUCAAUAUUGAUUGCCUGUUUGAGAUCAUGUUUCUAGCCACGCUUCCUGAAUUUGAAGGAAAAGGCAUCGGCUCGGCUCUGGUAUCCUGUUCCAUCGAAUUGGCCAAACUGUUGAAAAAUGGUCAGGCCAUAGAGAAUCUCCCAGAUGACUCCAAGCACAAGCGACCUAAAAUGGUGUCAGCACUGUUUACAUCGAGAAUUUCACAGAAAGUGGGCUCGAAAAAUCACUUCAAGCAAAUAAACGAAGUUCCACAUUCGGAGUUUGUAUUCCACGGUAAAACAUACACCGAUCGCAUUGGACCGGAGCAUCCCACAUCGAUACUGGUAGUGAAAGAAAUCUAACGUGAUAAUAUAUACAUGUGUAUAGGGCAAUGGCCCAUGUGAUAAAGAGGUGCACGUAUUAGUGUGCAAAGAGAAACGCUCAUCUCUCAAAAACAAACAUUGUAGGUGCAGAUGACUAUGUGCUAAUGAUAACAGU